AUGAAAAAGGAACACCCAAGCUCCCCACAGGCUCCCUCUUCACAGCAAAGAAUACAGCCGGCUCUGCAUUCUGAAAUCUUCUGCACUGCCUUUUUAAAACUAAAGAGCAAAAUGGAAACUAAAUAUGGAAGAGAAACUGGCCGGCACCUGAACCAUGUCUGGGAAGACGUUACCCUGCACAACAGUAACCUCCCACCCCUGGCUAUCAAGAACCCAGAGUGCCUAGGCCUUUUGCACCAACUGGACAGAAAUACAGAUAUGUGGGUCCAGCACUACUGCAUUCUGAAGGAUGGCUGCUUGUACUUCUAUGCUAGCAUUCGCUCCACCCAGGCCUCAGGUGGUCUAUAUCUGCAAGGAUACAGGGUGAACGAGCAGAUCCUUAGCUUCAAGCAGUCAGUAAUUGAACUCAAACCUCCAUCUGAAGAGUUCAAGACUUUCUAUUUCUGUGCAGAAAAUAAUACAGAAAACCAACGCUGGAUUACAGCGCUGAAAUCAUCUAUCAAAAAGUGGCUUCCUUUGCAUCAAGCUAUUCAAGACUUCAUGAAUCGACCUCUAGAGGAGACCAGAAUGUAAAAGAAACCCUAAUCUUAAGAGAAAGGACCCACAAAAUCACUACAAGCCUGUUGUGGGAAGAAACAAAAACAUUUUUUAUUACAUAGCAUUCAACUGAAUGUUCCUCCAAAACAUUAAAAUUUUGUGAUAAUAUUACCACUUUGUUUUUGAACCAAAGCACCAACAUCUAAUGCGACAUUCAG